ACUGAGGAGGCGGGUUUUAGCAGAGAGGUGUUUUUUUAUCUGCCUAAUAGGCAGACCUACCUGCCAGUCGAAGUUCGGGGCAAACUUCUACCCUGUGCGCCUCCAAUAGUUAGUCCGUUGUUCGUUCUCUGCGUCUGAGAGGUUGUUAUUCAUGUUUUUUGGAGUCCCAUGGCACAACAACUUUCACCCGGAACAAUGUUGAAAAAAGCAGUAAAGUACCUUGCUCAAGGGUACAGCAGCACUGUGUCGCCCAGCUGGGACUGCGACUUUCCGGUCAUGAGCCCAGAGUCCAUAACGACUACCGAUUAGGACGGUCCUGCCUGGUCUUUGGUUUCACUGUCACCGUUGGGAUGUUUACAGUGGUCUAUGUGUUCCACAAUAAAGUCGAGUUGCGGACAAAGACCCCCUGGAAUGCCCCUAUUCUGUGGGAGGGGACCUUUAACAGGACCUAUUUGGAGGAGUAUUACAGGAACAAUCCCGUGACCAUCGGGCUGACUGUGUUUGCACUUGGGAAAUACCUGGAUAAGUAUUUGGAGAAGUUUCUGGCCACUGCAGAUAAACAUUUCAUGCCUGGCCACAAAGUUAUCUACUACGUGAUGGUGGAUGAUCACUCCAAACUCCCGUACAUUCAAUAUGGAACCAGCCGCUUCUUAAAAUCCAGGGUUGUUGCAAAAGAAGCCAGGUGGCAGGACAUCAGCAUGAUGCGCAUGAAGACUCUGGCAGACAUGCUGCAGGACUUCAUCAAGGACGAGGUAGACUAUGUGUUUUGCAUGGACGUGGACAUGGACUUCCGUGCGCCCUACGGGGUGGAGACACUGGGGGAACUCGUGGCCCAGACCCAAGCCUGGUUCAUGAAUUCACCCAAUACUGGGUUUACCUACGAGAGACGACCCGAAUCCAAAGCAUACAUUGAAAUGGGGCAGGGCGACUUCUACUACCACGCGGCUGUGUUUGGGGGAACCCCGUCACGGGUUUUGGAUCUAGUGAGAAGUUGCUAUGCUGGUAUAAUGGAAGACAAGAAAAAUAACAUUGAGGCUGUAUGGCAUGAUGAAAGCCAUCUCAAUAAGUAUUUUUUGGAACACAAGCCCACCUUGAUUUUAUCACCAGAGUACUGCUGGGAUUUUACGAUAUAUACAAAAAUGGAACAUGUCAAGUUGGCUUGGGCUAUGAAGGACUAUGCAGAAGUAAGGGACAAUGUUUAGCCAGCAAGGAACCAGAACUGGGAACUGUUCAUAUCAUUGAGUUUUAAAAUCAGUUAUACCAAAGACACUUGCUGAUGAGCUGUUUGGAUUUCUCAUUGUAACAGGGUUUUGACACUUUUCUUUUCGCUGUCUGGACAUCAAACAAUGGAACAUAAUUUCUCUGUGGAAUACCUUUUUAAUUUCUCUGUGGAACAUUUUAUGUCGCUGUUAGUAUCAUAACUGUCCCCUGAAACUCUGUCCCUUUUUAUAAAACCCAUUUUUCAAAAGUUA